UUUAAAAGCACACGACCAUAGUCAGACUGUGUGGAGUUUGAAGUUUGUCGAGGUUGACGGUAGUUGAAUUAAAUUUAUCCGAUAAAAAUCGUACAAUAUGACUGCUAAUAUUUUGAACAUUGUUUGCGGUUUUGUGUGCGUUGUUAUCGUGUGUGUAAAUGCAGCUCCUUCAUCGAAAUUACCUAAAGGUUUUAUACAAUGCAAAAAAAGUGAUCCUAAGUUUGAUGAAUGUUUAAAGAUGGGACUUCAAAGUGCUGUCCCUCAUUUAGCAAAAGGUGUCCCAAAUUUGGGGUUACUCAAAAUGGAUCCACUGCGAAUCAAUUCAUUGAUAAUUGACCAAGGUACUGGUCCAGUUAGUAUUAAACUGGAUUUUAAAAAUUUGGAUAUCAUAAACAUGAAAUCCAUUAUUAUGGAAAAAAUACAUUAUAAUCCAGAAAAUUAUGUUUUGGAUGUUCAAUUACAUCCCGAAAAAUCUAUAAUUUUGGAUAGUGAUUAUGAAAUAUCUGGAAAAGUAUUAAUUCUCCCAAUUGUAGGAAAGGGAAGAUGUAAAAUUGUCUUAGAUGUCUCAAAACUUGUUGGCACUGUUCAAUUGAAACCAAUCGUAAAGAAUGGAAACAAACAUUUAGAAAUUGUAAACAUAGCAUGGAAAUUCACACCUACGAAAUUGAACCUUAAAUUUGAAAAUUUGUUUAACGGAGAUAAAGCUUUAGGAGAUAACAUGAACGUAUUCUUAAACGAAAAUUGGCGUGAACUUUUAAAGGAAUUGCAACCGGCGAUUGAAGAAGUUUUUGGCAGCGCCUUCAAAGAAAUUGGUCAAAACUUUUUAAACCGUAUUCCGGAAAAUCAAGUACUCCUAGAUUAAAUUUAAAUGUAGUUUGUAUGUUUUUUUUUAUCAUUUUUGAAGGUAAAUAAUAUGUUUGACUGUUUACAAUUACCUAAUAAUGAUAAUGUAGCACGUUUUAUAAGAUAUCAUUUCGAUAAAUCUAGUAUGUAUUUAUUGUAUAAUUUAUCAUGACUAUACAAAGAGAUAUCGAAUGAUAUAGUUGUACUGUUUAAAUAAAUAUUAAAAUGUAUACGUUUUUA